AUGUGGGAACUUUUAAUGCGAAUGAUUACUUAUUUUCUUACAAAACUAGCAAUAACGAACAAAUAUCAAAUAUGGAUAGAUGAUGCUUGUAGUGGAAACUAUUUGAAUCCUUUUAAAUACUCGGAGUUUACGGAUAUCGAAAUUAUAGGAUAUGGUGGUUUUGGAUGUGUCUAUAAAGCUCGUUGGAAACAUAACAUCUUCGCUUUAAAGUCCUUUAGUAUUGAUAAAGUAACUCUGAAAGAAGUUGUAAAUGAGAUAAAAUUACAAACGGUAGUCCACUUCCAUGAAAAUAUCAUAAAACUUUGCGGUAUCACAAAGACAGACGAUUGUUGGAGCAGUGAUCCAAAUGAACGUCCAGAUAUGCGAUUUGUUGCUUCAAAACUUGAAUCAAUAUAUUUAAAUAAAAUGAUGCAUAACCCAAGCAUUCCAAAUAUCAAUAUAGGUAACGGGAUAUACUUAUCAAAUGAACUUAAAUCAAUUAUUGAUUCAAUUUUUGAAUUAGAUAUCAAUGACUUCAUAAAGUUAUCUGAAAAGAUCAAAUCAAAUAUAACUGAAAAUUCUUUAAUUACAUUAAAUCAAGCAACUGCAUCAUCAACAGAAUAUGUUAAUGAGCUAUUUAUUUUUCUAAUUAAUCAACUUACAAGAAAACUCAUAGAAAUGUUAGAAAAUAUUUGGUUGUACAAAUUAUUUCAUUAUUAUAAUGCUAGUAACAAAAAAUAUAAAUAA